CAAAUUGAAGACGGAAGACUGUACACGUCAGAUUUGCAGUCAAGUUAUACCAUCUGCCUUCCCUUUUGAAAAACAUUACUUCAACUUUACUUUAAAGUCGUUUUACAAGGACUUCGUCGGCACGGAAUUUCUGUCCUAUUGGACUACUCGUACACUAAUGACAUCAGGAACAUGCCCAGCUCCAGCCACGCAGGUUCGUUUCGGGUUGAGAGGACUUCUACCCCACGGAAGUGACGGUGAGGUGGCGAUGGCGGCUUGCUGUUCGAUUUCGGAUUUGCUCUGAACUACAAGGGUUUUUAUGGUGACUGAGUUUUUACGGCGGUUCACCAGAUCAUUGCAUAUCGAUUAAAGCAAGUAGGAGGAGGCCCAUCUCAAAUGCGACGCUGGAACAUCCUUACCCCGCUUUUAUAAUUAACGAAGGUUUGAAUCCAACAAGCCGGAACACUACAUUAGCUUGCUGGCUCUCAAGCUAGCUUGCUAGUAAACGUUAGCUAGAUACUUGGUUGAAGUAGCUGGCUAUCGUGGCGUUAGCUCGCUAGUUCGCUGAAGCUAGCAGUAGUCGUCAACAGUACAAUUUUGUGGAACGCUUUCUUUUAAUUUGUGGUUGCUAUUUUUGGUAUUGGGCAGAUGUUACACUCCUUUGACAUUUUUAAUUGAGUGCCAAGCAGACGUGAAGAGGCACUCAUUCGUUCAGUCUAUUGAAUUGAAUUUUAAGGACCAGCUGAGAGAGGCUCUGUAGGACGUCUUUUUGAAGGACUCGACUCAGAGUCGUAAAGAAAGUGGUCAACUGAAAUUGCCCACUUUGAGUUUUUUUCCGCCCAGACUCUGGCGUGGAGUGUCAACAUGUUGAAGACUCGCCAGUGGCUUCUUGGUGUCCGCACUUUUCUCGGCGUAACGUCCAGAAUAUGGGGGUUUUUCAUGUACAUCCUCAGGAAGCAUCUACGCACGAUAAUCCAGUAUCAGACGGUGCGGUACGACACUUUACCGUUGUCUCCCAUCUCCAGAAACAGGCUCAACGCAGUGAAGCGGAAGGUUCUAGUUCUGGACCUGGACGAGACGCUCAUCCACUCGCAUCACGACGGGGUUCUCAGACCCACGGUGCGACCCGGUACCCCGCCAGACUUCAUCCUCAAGGUAGUAAUUGAUAAACACCCAGUCCGGUUCUUUGUUCAUAAAAGACCGCAUGUUGACUUCUUUUUAGAAGUGGUUAGUCAGUGGUACGAGCUAGUGGUGUUUACUGCCAGUAUGGAGAUCUAUGGCUCCGCAGUGGCAGACAAGCUGGAUAACAACAGAGGGGUCCUGAAGCGCCGAUACUAUAGACAGCACUGUACAUUGGAUCUAGGUAGUUAUGUAAAAGACCUUGCUGUUGUACACGAUGACCUAUCGAGUAUAGUUAUCCUUGACAACUCACCUGGGGCCUACCGUAGUCAUCCAGACAAUGCAAUACCAAUUAAGUCGUGGUUCAGUGACCCGAGCGACACCGCACUUCUAAACCUGCUGCCUAUGCUAGAUGCACUAAGAUUCACCUCGGAUGUCAGGUCUGUCCUCAGUCGAAACCUCCAUCAGCAUCGGCUGUGGUGAUGAACCGGCAGACGGGGUGUCUCGUAUCCCCGCUCAUCCCAUCCUGCCUGGCUGCUGACUCAUCCCACCACUCUCACACUGCUGACCUUUCACCUCUCCAGGAGUCCCCACAUCCUGAGAGGUCACGGGGGUCACAGACAGACACAUAAAGCAGGAUUGAUGGGAGUGGGAUGAGCGAACCCUGGAAUACUUAGUUUUAUUUCUUUUUUCUCCCCGUUUUUUUGUCUCCUUCCGUUAAUGGAGUCUCGGCCUUACAGUUCUCUGGUUACAGACUUGUGCGAGGAGAAUGUGUGCUCACGUGGGAGUACGCUUGCUUUUGUGUAUUUUUGUGUCGUAUUGUUUGGCAACACUGAAUGGAAGGAUGGAUGCGGAAGAGGAGAUGGAGUAUUUUCAUUAUUACAAAUCAUUUUAGUGUUUUUUUUUUUCCCCCUUUUCCCAUUUUUUUGUAAGGUUUUGUUGAGCUAGCUCUGGAACCCACCAAUGACAUCAGUGUCUUUUUGAAUGAACAGACUGAAUACUACAGUUGUUGUUCAUAUUGUUGUUCACAAACCUUUGGAUUUGUAUGCAACUUGCUUAUGAGGACAUCAGUGACUUGUGCCAGUUGAAUUAAGGCUCUUGCAGACUGAGUUGUGGGACUUUUAAAAAUUGAGGUACUUUUAUGGAGAGAAAAAAAAACAUUACAAGGAAUAUGUGUGAUGUAGAUGUCGACUGCUGUACACGUGGGAAAUCGUGAGAUAAAUGAAAUUAAGACUGUCGUUUUCUUUUAAAGAUUUCUGUGAAAUGUAAUUCCUCAUGAUUGGUGUCACUCUACGUUCAUCCUGGGCAGUCCUUGAAAUCUGCUCUGAUCUUGACUGAGUAACACAUUUGGAGAAUGAUGAAAAGACGACAAAAAGGGCAUGGAACAGAAAAAGGAUUUGAAUUGGUAAAUGGAUGCCUUGUUCUGUUGUUUGUUUUUUUUCUUCAGUGAUCUAUUUUCUCCAGGAAAAGAACAGGGUUGACCCCAACUGCAUACCUGUCGGUGGGGAAACUCGUGCUCUCUUCCACCUGACGUUUGAUAGUAACAUAACUUGAAUUUAUGAAACUUGCACUUAGUUGAUUGAACUGCUGACUGAGCAACAACUACCCACAGUCCCUCCUUCCUUUCUUUUUUUAAACAGCAAAACCCUCUCCUUUUACCUAUCAAUAUCGUCCGGACGCCAUUUUGAACCAUUGUAGUGUUGAUGCUCAAGGCAGCUCGCUCAGGCUCAGUACCCGGUUCUGUGCGUGAUACUAAUAAAACACGUCAGUAUCAAAA